AUGCACUCCAUUUACAUGGACAACAGUGGCACCCCUGAGAGUUGUGCAGUGCAGCAGCUCAGAGUGUUUCAGGCACAUGCCUUAAGAGCAAAAGAGGUUUCUCUCAACACGCCUCCCACCAGCUCAGGUGCCUCUUGGCCGCUUGCUUUCGACCCCCGGCCUCACCUGGGCUCCAAAUGGACCCCCAACUGCCCCUGCUCCACUGGCGGCUCCUGCAGCUGUGCUGGCUCCUGCACCUGCAAAGCCUGCAGAUGCACCUCCGGCAAGAAGAGCUGCUGCUCCUGCUGCCCCGUGGGCUGUGCCAAGUGUGCCCAGGGCUGCGUCUGCAAAGGGGCCUUGGACAAGUGCAGCUGCUGUGCCUGAUGUUGCGGAGAGCCUGCCUCAGGUGUCAAUGGAGGAACACGGGCCGACCUGGGUUUUUAUACAACUCUG